GUCUCCAUGAGACGCCAUCAUUUGAGAGCAAUGGGGUGUUAUAAGGGUGGUUUGUAUAAUGAAGUCAGUUAAAAUGGCGUCUCAUGGAAACAUAACAUGUGCAGUUUGAGCUGCUCCAGUAAGUAUAUUUUGUCUACAUUCCAUUUAAAAGAACAAUGCAGAUAUUGGCGUAAACCUAUUUUGGGUUAAGACAAGUAACUAUGGAUAUGGGCAAACGUAAUGAUACGCUUGCAAACUGAGUUUGAAUAAAACAUCCGAUUACCACAGAAAUAUUAUUUAUUAGCUAUAAUAAAAAACAAUCAAAUCAUUGAUGGAUCACAAAAUAAUAUAAAUGCACGUUUCUCGUCUGCCCCGGCUAGCCAAUCGGCAUACGCGUCAUCACACUCCCUCAUCUGAUUGGUCGAGUAGGUGGGUCUUCUGACUUUUUGGCUGUUGUAAACUAGUGACGACCACCUGAUUUUCUGUGCUUGAACAAUGCUCCGUGAGACCGUGGCGUGAACUGGGUGUACACGCUUGCGGAUUUUGUAAAAAAAAUUUUUUAAACUCUUUGGUUACUGACUCAUUGUGGAUAUUGAGCUAAAACUACCGGACUGUGAUAUGGACUUGUGAGGAAUGAGAUGGCAAAACCUUAUGGAUGUCUUGUUGCAUUACAAAAGCAUUGAUGGCAGCUUGAAAAUCUUAGUGGACAAAACAGAAAAGGCCUUGGAGGACUUCCCCUGUCGUGGUUUGCCUAUAUUUACACCAUGGUUCCCACCUGAAAGUGACAAAUUGCUGCCAAUUAGACCCUUAAAGUCACCGCCGAUAAUUUCUCUGGAAGAUUUGGAAAAUAUCCAAACACAUCUGCAGUCUGCUGAGCCAUUACUAACAUCCCAUCCCUGUGCUGAAAGCUUUCAGAACUUGGCUCUAACCAGUUUGGGGAGAUCCACCUUGCAUGUACAGGCAUGCUCUGAGUUUGGAACAUCAGCACAGCAUAAAGAUACUCUCCAUAGUGAGAGGGAAGUGAAAAGAUCAUGGAGUGUUUUUUCACAGAGAGGUUUAUACAUUCACAACACUCAAACAUUCUCCAAACAAUUCCACAAGGUUGUUUGGAGGCACGGACUUCACAUGCGCCAGAGAGCAAAAUGGGUUAUUGACAAACUGAACUUUGUCACUGGAGACAUAGAACAUACAUGGAGAGGACUGAACCGGGCCAUCAGGAAUGCCAUGCUUCCAACUUGCAAUGCCAACAUUCAGAGGGAUCUGACACAAAUCUGUGUGUUCUGCGAUGUAUUAUACUGUGAAUAUGUGGGAAAUUAUUUAAAGGAAGAAUUUCAAGUCACUGGACAGAUCACUUUAUUUGUUCAUAGACUUGGAGACAUUUUCACUUUAUAGAAAUUAGUGAUUGUCAGAAUUUGAUCUGUGUGUCACUGCCAUCUAUUUUGUUAACUGUAGUAGGCAGGUUUCCAUUGACUCAGGUGUAUUCGAUUUUAAAGGAAUGUCGCAAAAAAAAUGAGACGUGUGUAAUGGAAACAGCAGAUAGGAGACAUUUUUUUAAAAGAUCAACAUUUUUCACAAUUUGACAGGGGUGGAUUAUUCUUCUGUCAAACUUUUGUUAUUGCGGAAAAUGAUGCUGGAAACUUUUUCGAAUAAAUGAUGAUUGCCAAAUCA